AUGCCUAGCUUCAAGCUUUCAGUCCUCGUCACUCUCCUCGCCUCGUCUUUGAUUGCAAAUGCCGCCCUUGAACAUCAGCUGGAACGACGAAACCACGAACCAGAAGUGUUUGAAGAGUCGGAUCUCUACAAGCGCGGCGAGACGAGCAGCAGCUUACACCCAACGCCCACGACGACUUCAACGACAAAUACGAGAAGGCGAGCAACCCAGGAGCCUAGCAGGCAGUUAACUGACACCGCAUGCAGGAGAGGCGGUCUGAGAUCCGUUGGAUGCAGCAAGCUUGGUGAGGAAGCCCGGUCUAAGGCCCGCACGGCGGCAAAGGCCUACCUUAACACAUUUUCGGGAUACAAAACAAAGAUCGAGUACUGGCGCCUCAAGUGCACGCAGGAUGCAAGCGACAAGCACAAGGUGCACGUUUCUAUCAUUCCUAUGGAAUCACAGGGAGUUGUAUACAAGGGACUCAGGCCCCACGAAACGUCCAUCGAGGUCUCGUCGAUUGGGGCCACAGCGGCCCACCAUACUCACACUACUCACACUGUUCAUGCGACACAUCCACCUACUGCGACAGCGACAACAACAACAACUCGGCCAUCACCCGCUGGUAAUCUGAAUCGACGCUCACCCGAACCAGAGCCAGAGGUGUAUGACCUGCACGAUUUCAUCAAGCGGGACAGUGUCUCCACCUCUUCGCACACACAAACUUUCACAAGCACCGCCAGUACUCCCACGCAAACUCGCGCUGCGCACCAACGUAACGGUGGCUUGCGCUCAGUCGGAUGCAUCAAACUCGGCCAAGAAACCGUCUCCAAAGCGCGCGAAGAGGCUCGUCACUACAUUACCUCGUACACACACAACAGGGGCAAGAUUCAGUACUGGCGCUACGUGUGCAAACCCGAUGCCACCAACAAGCAUACGGUGCACGUUUCUAUCAUUCCUAUGCAGUCUAAAGGCAUUCCGCUUGUUGGUGGCGUGCCCAAGUCGACAAUACUUCAUACUACUUCGGUCGCUGCCGCUGCUAGUUCUUCGGGAACGGCAACGGCUACUGGUACUAGCACACACGCGACAGCAUCAGCCAAGUCCUCCUAG